CAGAAAAGCCCGUUUGGCUUAGGGGUACAGCGUCUCACUCGUAUGUAUGCGACAUGAGAAGAUCCUCGGUUCGAUUCCGAGAAUGGGCAAUGUUUUUGCCAGAUCGAAACGAUGGAUGGAGCCGUGUUUCCAUACUAUGAUGACAAGCAUUUCAGCGGCGAUCACGCAUUUCUUUUUAGUCUUUCGUGUAUCCAAAGACCAGCAUGUGUUGGGAGAGCGAUAUCCAGGUGCCCGACCCGAGACAAUAUUUCGUUACUACCUGCUACCUGCCGUCAAUGCUUGUAGAUGCAGAGUGAAUUGACCGACUAAUGCUAGCCGUCAGUCCAGGUGGGACUAAGUUCAUUGAAGAACACAUCAUCAAGGAGAGGAAGCGGGACCUGCUAGCCAGCCCACUGCUACUCUGCAGCCCCCCUGAU